GCUCCCUGCCUCUGCACCCAGCCUCCACCCCCUUUCAGGAAGCGUCUAUAAAAACCCUGCAGCGAGACAGACAGACACUUUCCACGUCAGUCGGACAGUCAAACGGACAGACAGACGGCCACAGUCUUCUCUUCUUUUCUCCGUCCACACAGCUGAGUCAGGAUGUCUAUCACUAAGAUUCACGCUCGGGAGAUUCUGGACUCCAGAGGAAACCCCACGGUGGAGGUGGACCUGUGGACAGCCAAGGGUCUUUUCAGGGCAGCAGUUCCCAGCGGUGCAUCAACUGGAGUCCAUGAAGCUCUGGAGCUCCGCGAUGGAGACAAGAGCCGCUACCUGGGCAAAGGUACUAUUAAGGCUGUGGAUCACGUGAACAAGGACAUCGCCCCCAAGCUGAUUGAGAAGAAGUUCAGCGUUGUUGAGCAGGAGAAGAUCGACAAGUUCAUGUUGGAGUUGGACGGCACUGAGAACAAAUCUAAGUUUGGUGCUAACGCCAUCCUGGGUGUGUCGCUGGCCGUCUGCAAGGCGGGGGCAGCGGAGAAGGGAGUUCCUCUCUACCGCCACAUCGCUGACCUCGCCGGACAUAAAGACGUCAUACUUCCUGUUCCUGCCUUUAACGUCAUUAACGGUGGAAGCCACGCUGGAAACAAACUGGCCAUGCAGGAGUUCAUGAUUCUUCCAGUUGGAGCCGCCAACUUCCACGAGGCCAUGAGGAUCGGAGCCGAGGUGUACCACAACCUGAAGAACGUGAUCAAGGCGAAGUACGGUAAAGACGCCACAAACGUGGGAGACGAGGGAGGCUUCGCCCCCAACAUCCUGGAGAACAAUGAGGCUCUGGAGCUGCUGAAGUCGGCCAUCGAGAAGGCCGGCUACCCCGACAAGAUCAUCAUCGGGAUGGACGUGGCGGCGUCCGAGUUCUACCGCAGUGGAAAGUACGACCUGGACUUCAAGUCCCCCGACGACCCGUCCAGACACAUCAGCGGAGAGAAGCUGGGAGACCUGUACCGCAGCUUCAUCAAGAACUACCCCGGUCGGAGCGUCUGGCCAAAUACAAUCAGCUGAUGAGGAUUGAGGAGGAGCUCGGAGACAAGGCUAAGUUCGCCGGCAAAGAUUUCCGUCACCCAAAGAUCAACUAAAUCGCUGUCCUGACUUCCUGUCUGACUGACAGCUGAUGACCCUUGAAGCCCCUCCCCCCCUAAAGCUGGGGGGUGAGAGGUCAGAGGUCACAGCGGGUUUCUAGCUAUUCCAUUAAAGAUGUUUUCUAUAUAAAACACAAUAAAGACUGAAGAAGAAAACACGUCUGAUUA